AGCGCAUCUCUUUGCUCGCUGAAGCUGGAGUCGAAGCGACAGGCGCGCACAUCUCUGUGGGAGCGAAGACUGGUCAAGGUGGAGGGAAGAUCAGCCGGUUUGCAUCCGACAGGGAACCCCGAACCGCUGGGUAGGAUGCUCAGAAGGAGUCGCUCCGUGGGCAGCCGUACUUGAAGACCUGCUUUCCAUCCACCGAGGCUUUAAGAUUCAUCACCAGUUAUUCUCUGUAAAUCUCGAGUCCUGGCUCUGAUCGUCCAGUCUUAGUUAUCUAGGCGCAAUUUUAGCGUGGAUUGGGCUUUUCUUUGGACACGAUGUGGAAGCCCGGGACACUGCUGCUACUGUCGGUACUGUGGGCGUCCAGCGAACUCCAGCAGGAGACGGAACCACGGAGACUACCGCCGCCGGGAAAGUUGGAUUUUGGUUAUGUGCCUGCGGGAGUUUAUGAGACCCUGGCCCAUUACGAACCAGGACCCAUAGGAAUCCUCUUCCAAUUGGUGCACGCUUUCCUCCACGCGGUGCAACCCAACGCUUUCCCCCACGAUCUCAUUGUCAAACUGGCAAAGGACAAGUUUGGAGCCAUUCAAACAGAAUAUCAAAAGCCAGAGAAUAUAAUGCUGACCCUGCAGGCCAUCUACUAUGAGAUAGGCUUCCUCAUAUGUGCAGCGGUGGGCCUGCUCUUUGCCGUUCUCAUGCCAAUCGUGGGGCUCUUCUUCUGCAUGUGUCGCUGCUGUGACAACUGCGGCGGCGAGAUGCACCAACGCCAGAGGAAAAACGCGGACUGCCGGCGCGGCCUGCUGGGAACAUUACUCUUCUCUACCUCGCUGGUCAUCACGAUUGGAGUUCUGUGUGCAUAUGCAGCCAACCAGAACCUGAGCUCUCAGGUGAAGAACAUACGGCGGCUGGUCAACAGCAACAUGAGGGACCUUCACACCUUUGCUAAUGACACACCAAUGCAAAUUGAUUACCUAAUAUCCCAAUACGCCACCGCCAAGAACAAAGUCAUCUAUGACCUAGAUAACAUAGGUCCAUUACUCGGUGGAAGGAUACAUGGACGACUGGACAAGGAGGUGCAUCCUGCUUUAAGCCAAGUGCUUAAUAUGGCUGGAGUGAAAAUCCAGAGAGCCAUCAAAGCCAUGAGAGAAACCAAGGAGGCCCUGGAGAACGUCAGCGUGUCUCUGGUGGUCUUGCAGGAAGGAGCGGGCAAGCUUCACUUCAACCUGAGCCACGUCCGCAACAGCAUCAACCGCACCCUCGACGACCCCGGCUGCCGCGACGAAGAGUCCGACGCCACCACGGCCCAGCUCUGCCGCAGCAUCCGCCGGUCCCUGUCACAGCUGCAGAUCGGUGCAAAUUUCACCCGGCUUCCUGAUGUGAACCCUCAGCUGGAAAAGAUGAAAAAUGUAGUGAAAACGGAUCUCAGCACUGUUGUUCACAGGGGCUUCUCCUCUUUGAAUGACACCCCACACAUGGUGAUUGAGCAGACCAGAUAUGUUGUCAGCAACAUCCAGAUCUUGCUGGACAGCGUCGGCAGCAACAUCAGCAGCUUCUCCAAGGCGUUCCCCGUGCAGACAUGCCUGUCCAACUUCACCAUCUUCAUCAGCCAUGCACAUGCCAAAAUUGAAGACUACUAUCCUGAAAUAGAUAAAAUGGACUUCUACAGAUGGAUCGGCUGUAUUGCUCUGUGCUGCAUGGUGGUUCUGGUCUUGGCUUUCAACUACUUGGGCCUCCUGUGCGGCACCCUGGGAUAUGACAAGCACGCCUCGCCUACAACACGAGGAUGCAUCUCCAACACAGGAGGAACGCUGCUCAUGGCCGGCGUUGGGUUUAGCUUCAUUUUCUCCUGGGUGCUCAUGGGACUGUUGACCGCCAUCUUUCUGGCAGGAGGAAACAUGGAGAAACUUCUUUGUGAGCCGUUUCACACCAAAGACCUCUUCAAGGUCGUGGACACGCCAUACUUGAUCAACAAAGAGUGGAAGAAUUUCAUCCCCGGCUACAUGUACAAUGACUCCGAAUUGGAUCUGACGACAGAGAGCUUGUACAGUACUUGCAAACAGAACAGAGGCAUCUACUCUGCCCUGCGUCUGGACAAACUCUUCAACAUCUCCUCGUUCCUGAACACCACAAUGUUCACCAAGGAUGUGGUGCGCCAGCUGGAGAGCUUUCGGAUCGACCUGAGAGGGAUAGUCCUGUUAGAGGCAGAGGGGAAGCAGAACCUCCGAGAUUUCUCUGAAGCAGGCCUGUCAGAGAUCAACUACGCUGACUACCUCGAUGAGGUGAAUAAAGGUAUCACCGUGGUUGACGUUCUGUCAUUCGCCAAAGAGCUGGAGUCCCAGACAGACCUGAUGCCCAGGGGACCUCUGCAGAAAGCUCUGAAAGGCCAUGUGGCCACUCUGCAGCGGAUCCACAGACAACACAUCGCUCCAAUGGAGCAAGCCAUGAAAUAUGUUAGAGCAAGGAGUGCAUUGAACCAGAGUAUGAGAUUCCUGGAGAGGACAGCGUCUGAUCUCCCGAACAAAGUGAUAGAUGUUCUGGAGGCCAUUGAAGCUGCUCAGCACCUCAUUUCUCAGAACGCAACACUUUUAAUCAAUCAGGAAACUAGAAGAUAUUCAGCAACCAUUAUUGGCUACUUUAAUCAGUACAUAGAAUGGGUCAAAACUUCAUUGGCUCUGGAGGUUGCGCCAUGCAAGUGCUUCAGCAACAUCUUGGACACCGCGCAGAUCAUGACCUGCAGUUUCCUGGUGGAUUCUAUGAACACCUUCUGGAUGGGUCUGGGCUGCAGCACCUUGCUCUUGCUCCCCAGCGUAAUACUAGCGGUGAAACUAGCCAAGUACUACCGCAGGAUGGACACCGAGGAUGUUUAUGACGACGUUGAGACAAUUCCCAUGAAAAAUAUGGAAAUUGGUAAUAAUGGUUAUCAUAGUGAGAGUUCACAAGGUAUUCCUGAGAGUUCACAAGGUAUUCCUAACCCUAUGAUGACAAGCGUCCCCACCUAUGAAACAUUGAACAGGUUCCCGCGGGCCUCGGCUCCUCCGAGGCACAUCGACUGGUGACGGAGUCAGCUCUAGCUUGGCUCCUGAAAGGUACCCAAACACAAGACGGAGAAUCUGUCUCUCUAACACUGAUUUCCUUCCAGCUGUCCGGGUUCAGCAAUCGCGUCUUUAAAUCCCUCAUAUGCUAACACUCUUAACGCCUGUCCACAGCUUGUUUUAGUGUUCUUUCUGCUUGCUGAAAAACCAUCAUGUGCCCUUGACAACUGGAACUAAAGAACUUCCUGCUCCCCGGAGGAACCUGGCUUCCUCGCUCCUAAAGAAGAACACAGAAGGUCCUGCUUACUCACAGAAACUUUUAAAUGAAGCGGAUCAGAGUCUCCAGUUUAGUUGCUGCUUGCGGGACUCCAAUCUCCUCACCCCUCAGCGUCGAUCUGAGCCAGGUUUCAUCUCCAUUUUCCCAGGACUGCUGUGUCUGUGUUUACAUUUGUUGGACACAAAACUAAGCUGAAAAAAAAAGACCUUCAGAGGACAUGACAUCCACUGCUGCGUUUGCUCAUUUUAAUGUACUUUGUGCUCUAGAUAAAAAAAAGAAGAAGCUGAAAGCUGACCUUAAGGUUAGCCUGGAGAAAACCGUUGUUUUCUUCCUGCAGACGUUCAGCUCAACUAAAGUCCAAUAGUAUGAGUGUUAGAAGGCAUGGUCAUAAAGAUCUGAUUGUUUUUGUUGGGAAUAUUGCAUCCAUCUUUAACUGAGGCAUGAGUGAGCUGAUGGAUGUGUGAUACUUUAACUACUGAGAAAUGGCUUGUUUCCACACAGUGGAGAUAUUUUCUAAGAAACAGAAGCAUGACUUUUUAAACUGUUUACAAUAUUUUCAGAAAUGUAGUUUUUGCUGGUUUUAGAUGGCUGUGGGUCAGUUUGCCCCUUUGGCAGUUCAUAGCCCUUUCUAACACGUUGCUGUUUCACCCCCAUCUUACUCCCAUCUCUCACCUGUAAAAUAAACAAUUUGUACCCUUUUCCUUAACGAUCCUGUUAGGUUUGCUGGUUUAUUUCUCUUGGUAAUUAAGUAUCUUUUAUAAAUUUGAGUUAUUAAUAACCAUAAAAUGUCUGAAGCUCAGGAAUAAUUUCAUUUUUUUAUUUUUUUAAAUCAAUAUUGUGCCCUAUUGCAAUUCAUUUUGGUUCUGAUCUCUCUUUGGACCGUUCGUGGUGGUGGCAUUAGCACAUUUCCUUAGAGAGUAGACCAAACGUAAAAUACACUGAAAGGACCUUAACUCAAAGGUCAAAACUGUGUAUCAAUUGUCCCCAAAGUAGGUACAAAUUGACUCAAAUUUGGUACGCAACCCCUAAUGGUAGAGAGCCCCAUUUUAUGGCCAGAAGAACUGAGCGGUGCAAAGACGACACUGAAAGGAGGACGUGGCAAAAGGGCCAAAAUGACCCACAUGCAUGUGAGAAACAGACAAAACUGUUUGCCUUUCAGAUGUUUUACUAUUAUUUGUUACAGGUACACUUCUUUUUUUAAAAGUCAUAUUAAAAUGUUAAAUAUAAACAAUGUUGGAAUUAUUUGUCAUCAAAGAUUAAAAAUGUAUGCCCCCACAGUAGCAUUUACUUGUGAGUUAAGGUUGCUUUAACCUCUUAACACCAGAGACUUGUAGUCUAAACAAACAGCUUUUUAAUGCCUAAAAAUCAUAGAUUUCUCUUCAAACAUAUAUUUUUCUUUCUCCUAAGAGAUCUGUAAUUGAGGUUUACAACCAAUCAAACAUGUUUGAAGAGGAGCAGCCCAUGUUUGGAUCUAAACUCCCGGGUCUUAAGAGGUUAAACAGAUUCUUCUAUAUGGAGAUUUAAAUCUCACAUUUAAGAAUUGUGCUGCAUUGGUUAAGAAAAAAAAAAAAUAUUCAGGAGGUAUGGAACAUAUUUGACAUUUUAUCUACCUUUCACCUGGUAACAGUGUGGUCAUAUCCACAUUGCACCAAGGACAAAAAUGCCAGAUGGCAAAUUCGUACCGAAUUUGUAGCAGCUGCGUUUUGGUUGAUUUUCUCAUUCAAAUAAUACAGUAACUUUGGAGUAAAUUGGUUAAAGUACCGCUCCAUUUCCUUUAUGUAUUACAUACAUUUAUUGUCAGCUCUCUCCUGCUUUUAUAUUAGUCAUACUUUUUAAGUGGAAAGUUCAUUUUCAAGCCAAAUCCUGUUUUCUUUAAAUGCUCUCUCUUUUGCAUGCUUUUUUUCCUCUUUGCCUGCUGUGUUUUUUUUUUACAAUACGUAUGAAUACAUGGAGCGGGUGAAUGUGUCCAUUUGUUGAUUAUUGUUAUAUAUGAAAGGCAGAAGAGAAAUAUGCUGAAAUGGCUGCAUCAAGCUGACUGACAUACCUUACAUCUCAUAAAGAUGCUAUAUCCAGUGAAAACAAAUUAGACAAUCUAUUUAUGGGACAAAUGAGCGCUGCCAAUCAUUGAAAAGAAGCCUUUUUCACUGUAAAAGAAUAACACCUACACUAGCAACCACACUUUGGAUUUUAGUCAUUGUAAGUACACAAUAAGGGAAUCAAUUUACCAGAUGAUAGCAGAUUCAUAGACAUAAAGAUAUGACAAAAGAAAAAUCUAUUUUCAUACGUUAAUCAAAUAAAAAAAACAAGAUAAAUCAAUAAACUCUAAUAGUAAAAACAGAUUUGCUACUCAGUAGCAAUAAAGCUAGUCUAAAUUUAUUAAUGUAUCUAUAUUUUUUAUCCUAGUGUUGUUUUUAUAUUCUAACAAACCCAUUUCACCAUCUAAGCUUGCUAUUAUUUUUAUAAGAAAUGCAGUCCAUUUACUCGAAGCAAAAUAAAGUCAGUUGGGAAAUUGCUUCAGAUCACUGAAUAAGUCCCAUUGCUGUUUUAGUUUGUUGUUUUACAUAUUUAACAGCUUUUGUUUAGCUUGCAACAACAAAGAUGAAACAUAUAUGGAAAAAAAAAUUACUAAUAAAAAUUAACAUUUAGAUUUUUGUGCACUUUUGGCUUCUAUAAGGCCUUUAACUAAAGAGCAGGUGAUUUGCGGUAGAGGUACUGAAAAGACUAACAGUUCACAGGUUAUGUUCCGAUACUCUGAUUAUAUACACUAUUUGCAUUGACGUUAUUUGUCCAAAGGAAACACUGACUUCCAUGCUGAGGAGUCCCAGCUGUGCUUUUCCAUUAACUUAUUGGAGCUGUCUCCGCCCUGGUGUCGUUCUUGUCGCUCGCUUCACUUAAACGUAAAGUCAGUUCUCUAGUCUUAGACGAGCGGUGGGCUCAUGUUGGCUAUCACAGCUUGCUUCCAUGCUAGACUCUGGGAAAGCGUCAGCGGCGACAAACUCACAAACUUAAGUGCUUAAAACUAGUUGUCUUACAUCACAACUCAGCAGUGAUCAGAUGAAUGGGUCGCUGAUUUGAAAUGGUUGGGAUGAUGAUGAUGAUGAUGAUGAUGAUGAUGAUGAUGAUGAUGAUGAUGAUGAUGAUGAUGAUGAUGAUGAUGAUGAUGGAACCAGGAAGAUGUUGUUGUUUUUUUAUGUGGCUAUGACAAAAGUGUAUAAAUUGUGAAUAAACUCUCCAGUUGAAGUUU